UUCGUUUCUGACAUCAGCACGGAUCCGGGAUAAAAGCGGCGAGCGGCACCCCGGGGCGCAGAGGGCGAGCGCUGGGCUCCGCGGGACGGCACCGGGCGCUGCGGGACCGAGGUUGGGAUUGUCGCCGUUGCCGAGCAGCUGUCGGGGGAGAGCGUCGGGGAUGAAGCUGGGAGCCACCUGCCUGCUGUGCUUGCUGCUCACCUGCAUGGCCCUGCCCGCCGCCGGCCGCCUCCGUGAGCGCUCCAUGGAAAUCAGGAACCCAGACAUCGACCCCUCCUGGUACACCGGCCGUGGCAUCAGGCCCGUGGGGAGAUUCGGGCGACGGCGAGCGCUGGGGGAAAGCGCCCAACUCAGGAGGGCUGCCCUGCACCCUGCUUGCAUCCCCCCGCACACCCAGCCCUCCCGGGAGCAGCGAAGUGCCUGAGUUGAAGAUGGGUGACACCA